GGCAGCACUCAGUGUGGUGAGCUUUCAUUGGAAAUUAUCUGGAAUAGAAAACCUAUGAUGGCCUAGCCAGGGCUUUCAGUAGUGAGGCUGCCGCGGAGCAGUAGGCUAUCUGCAUAAGGUUCCUGACAUGCGGUAGCCUAUACGUCGGCGUUGAAGUGAUAUAUCGUUGGUCUACUUUCUAAAGGGGCAGCCCGUUUCACCAUCAGCGCUUUUACGGUCGGCAGGUAGGCCUACUUUUAGUACGAUGAAGGAAAGUUGUUGGUUCCAGUGCGCUGUCGCUGUCUUCACCAUGCAGGUGCAAUCUGUGGCCUGGGCUACAGAUUGUUGUACGUACAUCUAGUCCUCCGUUGCGAAUUUCAUAUCCUAAUUAAUUUCUAAAGGACCAGGCUAUCGAUAUUGAGAAAGGAUCAAAAUCAAUCGUUUUGACUCGAACAAAAUAGCUAUUAGGCUACGCGACAGUUUCUUUAGAAAGAUUUUAGAAUUAGAAUGUAGCCUAUACCUUUUCUUGCAAGAGCGAGUGUGGACUAUAUCGCCAUAAACCUUUAAUAUUCUAAUUGAUUUGCGCAUCAUUUUAAUAGGCGCACUAACGUAGUCUACACUAUUAGGCUACUAUAAUAGUAGCAUAUCUUAAUUGUAUCGACGGUGUUUGUAUUGGAACCUUAAUUUUUGUAUUAAUGAGCUCAACAUUGUAGUAGGAUAUCCCUCCCCAGUUCGACAUAUUUGUAAAACUAAACGGACAUUGCAUUAUUUAACAUAUUAUCUCUCUGGUGCAUUGAUUGGAGAGGAUUUGCCUAUAAUGACAGACAUAGCAAGAGGUUGCUAUUGCGGUUUGACAGACGAGAAUUACCGAGAAACACGAGAGCACGUCAGCAUCUGACUUAACAAAUUAAGAAACAUUAUGGAUGAAGGCGCUACUGUCAACGAGGCUAUUCCAGAUUUAAAAGAUUUGGAGGUGAAAAUCGGGCGGAAGACACCGGAGGGUUUGCUUAACUGGAUGCGGGAAGAGGCAUCUGCGCACCGUGGCGAUGUUAAGCAAAAAUCGCUGGAGACCAAAGACCUACAAAUAACUGGGAGGAAGAGUCUGGAUGAGAAGAUUCGAAAAUUAAAAGUUGAUAUGGCACACCUUCGCUCGGUAGACGUGAAGAUCCUACAGCAGCUGCUGGCGGUGCACGAGGGGAUUGAAGCGUGUAAGUGGCUCCUGGAGGAGCGCGGCACCCUGACCAGCCGCUGCAGCAGUCUGACCAGCAGCCAGUACAGCCUGGGAGAGGGCCCUGGGGGAGACAGCUCCUGGAGGGGCAGCUGGGGCAGCCUGCACGACCCCCUCAACGACAAGCUGGAUAGCAUCUCUGUAGGCAGUUACCUGGACACGCUGGCCGACGACAUGGAUGAGUACUGCCCUUCUAGCUCCGAGUCGGUGUUGUGUUCUAUCCCGCUGGGCACCGAGACACACAGUCGGACCGGGGGAGGGGCGGGGACCGGGGGAGGGGCGGGGACCGGGGCAGGGAGAGGGUCCGCGGCAGGGACGGGAAGAGUUGCAGCAGCAGGGGUUGAACCAGGCACGGGGGGCAUGGUAGUGGUCAGGCCUAGCUCUCCCCCUGUCAAGCCAGAGGUCCCCAAAGUGGAGCCUCCCAUUUGGACUAAGGCCACUGAGGCAGCGAAAGGAACCACCAUCACCCAGGACUUCAGCCGAAUGCAGCAGCCCAGUACUAGCAAUGGGGUCCUGGAGAAGGCAGUCAGGCAAAAAGGUGGAAGCGCUGACACAGCCCGGGCCUGUCUGGCUGAGAAAUUGGGGAAGAGCCAGAGCCCCAUACUGAAACCGUACAAAAAUGGCAAGAUAGACCUGGACGGCUGCAAGAUGAAUGGCAAGAUGCAUCUAGAGUAUGACGCCCACUGGCGAUGGGUGCAGUCGCAGGAUGAUGUCACGUUUCUGUGAAAUUGAUGUAUUAUGCCAACAGGUCAAAGGUUAAGGAAGGUGAGGAAUGGUGUUGCGGUUGAAUGCAUGGAUUAUAUAAACUUGUACCAGUGCCAUUGGGCAAGUCUUCAGGUUGGGGCGAAUAGAAUAACACAACAUAAAUGCACUGAGUGCUGUUUACUCCAGUAUUCAUGUCAGUGCACAGUAAGAACAUCAAUAUCAGUAUUAUUGGGGAUAAAGGGCAUUGUUGAUAUUAUUCUGAAUCAUGUUUGUUUUUGACACAUUUAUCAAAUAUAAUUUAACCUUCCUCUAUUCACUGGAAUGCACAGUACCAGAAAACAAUUUCCAAAAACAAAAGUUUGCCCUCACUAAUUAAUCCCACAUCAAAAUGAUUAUAAAAUGUUUGAGCUGCGGCAACCGAGAUAAUGCAUUGUUUAAGUUAGGUUAUAUAUUUGCAGUGCCAAUACCAAAAAGAAUGAAUGGGAAAAGAACAUGCAGGAUAUCUGUGUAGACUUUUGAGAAAUCCCCAGACUUAACAUUCAGUAUUUGUGCUAGCUCUAAAUUAUAUAUUUUUCAUUAUCUAAGCAUAUGAGUUUGAUAUCCUCCAUGUGCUUUUCCCUGUGGCUAUGUUCUGUAAAAAAAAAAUAAGAAAAAAGAAACCUGAAUGAUUAUAUGUACUGUAAGAGUGUGACCCAUCACAGUGUCCAAAGAGCAUGUAGUAUGUUCCUACUGUAUACACACUCAUGUAACUGUGGUUGGUACUAGUCCUAAAAUGGCAGAGACACCUGGCAGAUAUUGGCUGGUUCAGUGUCCCUGGUUCAAAUCCUUGAGUGACAAAAUAAAAAAGAUGAAAAUAUACAUGUUGAUAUGUAAGACAAUAUUCUCUAACUGCUACUGGAUGUCUCUGUAGAUAUGUGUCAACUAAAUCAGUAACAUGUUGAUGUAACACCUACAGUAGUUAAUCAGUCAUUGCAAUAUGUAUAGUCGAGAAAAGUUCAUUUUGCACCAGGUAAUUAUAUAGGUGGUUGUGGUUGAAAACAUAUAUGAGUAUUAUUAUUGGCAUUUUGUUGAUUAUGCAGUAUCUUUUAUUCGGAAAGCAGUUGCUGUGAUUGGUGUAAUCCUAAACUAUUAUGCCUGUAUCUCCUGUCAUAAGACAAUCUUGGUUGUUUAAAUGAUUGAUUUGCCCUCCUUCAGUGCUCUGCUGUCUGUCUGAAUGGAUCCAACUGUCUUUGUGCUUCCACUCACUGUAUGAAGUUGUAAGUCAUUUUGAGUGGGUGAAAAUCGCAUGUCAUGUGCAUGUCAUGUUUCUGACUGCUUUAUUGAUAGGAAUCGUCAUAUAUAAACUAUGUUAAAAGCCUAAUACCGUCAUCAGAAAAGAAAUGCAAUAUUCCAUGUAAGCCUUUGUACUGGGUUUAUACGCAACUCUCUCACACAACCAUCACUACUGAAAGCUAAAAAAAAUUCUACAUGCUGAGACACAGGUUGCCGGGGCAACUGAGCGAGUAGGUGAGAUUGAGAGACAGAAAGUGAGAGCAAGCAGGAGAAAGAGAGAGAGUGCGCGCGAGUAUCCUGUACGAGUGUUGCUGCACGUGUAUGUGUUUGCAAUGGGCUGUUGUUCAGUAGACACUCCUCAUCUUUCAUACCUCUAUCUCCUUACCCAUUCUACAACAUUGCCAUGUUCAUGCUGAGAGAACAGUGCACUGUGUUUGAUCGAUGAGGGUUAACAAACUUACUUAAUAUAGUACCGCAUACAUAUUGCACAAUAUGAACAGGAUCUGAUGUGUUACCAUUCAACUAUAUGAUUCAUGUUUGUGUUAUUAACGUUUUCCAUUCAACUUCCCUGGAAUGUAUCUUCAUGCUUUAGGUUCUGUUUAUUCAUAGCUCUUAGUAGCUAGUAGUAACUAACCAUCUGUUAUAUUGUUCUAGGGCAGGGAUCGGUCACCAUUAUUACUGGAAGAGUAAUGUUUUCAUUGAAUAAAUGGUCUGCGAAAAGCCCCUUACAACAGCUUCACUGUACGAUAUUCAGGACCAUGUUUAGCAAUAGGAUCAACCUGACAGUCGAUGCACCUCAGGUCAACCUACCAUCAAACUGACGACCCAGGUCACCGAGCAGUGAACUGUACACAGCGCCUGUCUCGUGAGGUGGUGGGGAGAAUCUCAUUUACACACAAUAAAUAUUCUACCGACCUGA